AUGGAGAUGAGUGGCACCGAGGAACCGGUUGAAUCAAUCCGCGAACUCGUCCUAAGGACGAGGGCGAUCCAGAUCCCGGUCCCUGCCACUCAUGAAGUUUUGGCUGCGGUCACACCGGAAGAAUUUCAUCCCGCUGACUUAGGGGAUCUUCCGGAGCAGCUCCGAAGGGAGCUGCAAGUGCCGCAGGCGGAACCAUACACGGUGGUUCGAGAACAAGGAAACAACAACAUCGUGUGUGGUAUCUGUAGCAGGCAGUUCGGAACAUUAAAAGGGUGGCGUAUUCACGCCUCGAGGAUGCACAGGCAGGACGGUUUUUGCGUCCGCUGUGGCCACUACCUCGUACUGCCGCCCGGAUUUACGGCCGCACAAAGAACAGCAGCAGUGGAGCUUCAUGCCCUCGAUUGGUGCCCGAGGGCAUGUGCGGCCGUAAUCAAUGAAAGACAGGUAAAGCGCCGCAGACUUGAUCUAGUGGGGAGAGAGGAGGAUGCUCGUCACCUCUUCAUUCCAGGCCAGUGA